CCAUAUAUUCAAGCUAAAUUGGGCUAAAGAAUCGGACGGUUGACCCUCAACCCACUUGUUCGACCAGACCAACGGACUAAACCUAGUUGACAACCUUAAUAUAGAUAGACUUUUCUAAUUUUUUACUUGCAGACAAAUUUUAGGUUGCAUGUACUAUAUAGUACCAACUAGCUCCGCACGAGUUAUGAAAGCCAUGGUUGUCACAUUGGUGGAAUUUUGAUCGGGAACUAGGUACAACCGUUGUCGGCCAUAAAAUCAGUUCGAAUGUCACAUGUAUGACUAGUAUGAUCGAUUUUCGAUUUCUAAACAAAAUAACAUCGUUUUUAGUGAAUUUAAUAAAUUACUUUAUGAUUUAUUUCAUGAAUUUGAAAGUUAAAUGUUGAUGUUAUUUAUUGGAUUCAAAUAUAAACAUUUGAGUGUUUAUGUUAAAUGUUGCAUUUAAAUAUGAGUAUUUGUUAUUUUAUUUGUAAUGUUAUAUUUUAUUUAAAUAUGAAUGUAGAUUAUAUUCAAAUAUGAUGUAUAUAUGGUUAAAUUCAUCUGAUGUCAAUAAUUUUUCAUAUUCUUACAGACUUUAUUAAACCAAUAUGAAUCGAUUAUACCACCGAUUAAACCAUACCACUUACUAAACCAACACAUCUCUAUAACCCUUUUUUACAGAAAACAAACAAAAUUUGGAUAUGAUAAGGGGAGUCUCCUCAAACGCUUAACCAACUCGAAGCUUUUACCAUAUUUUCUUCUUACUAAUUGAGAAACCAAGACUGAGUGAGAGCACUAUUGUGUCGAAGGAAAUUACUAAUAAGCAAGGUUGUCAACCUGCUGGUUGACCCACUUUGAUCCUGACCGUUGAGAAAAAUGGGCCGCACGCACUCGCCGGGUCGACCGCUAUAAGGUACCGGAUUGGAGGUCAAAUUGUGCCUUUUUUUUUUGUUUUGCGAAAUGCACCUAUUUUCCGAUUUUUCUUUUCGCCUAACUCAAUCUUUGGAAUCCUAAGUGUGUGUGAAUUUUCACUAUAUGUUGAAUCUAAGUAUGAAAUGUUAUUUUGGUGUAAUAUUAUAUGUUACUAACUCAUAUGUUAGAUGAGAUUUGAUAUAAUUUAUCAGGAUAAGUACAAUAUAAUGACGCUUUCCAUAUUUCUGGACUAAAUCGGGCUAAAACGGGUGAACCAUUAACCCUUGAUCCACUAGCGCAACCGAGUCCGAAUCAACCCCAGGUUGACAACCUUGCUAAUAAGACAACAGAACACAACUACAAAAGAAAGAAAAGUCACCGCAGAGAAUUGAACCGAGAGCCAAGUCAGCAAAUUUAGCCGUCCAAAACCAAACGAACCUCGCCUGAGUUGGGCGUUUCUCUUUGGUUGGUCGCCCCCGUCGAGCACUGAACGAACGCGCUUUCUCUCCGUACCUCAAUUAUCGCAGAUGAGUCUCAAUGGGAGCCAGAUCGCUUAAGAAGAUUAAGCGAUCCUCCACCAAUUCCAAACCCACCAGCAGCAAUCCCAUGCCACCUUCGCAAACUCGGGGUUUCAGCUGGAACAGAGGCCCCGUGUUCGUGUCCGUAGCCAUGGUCUUCGGGGUUGUUUUUCUCUUGGGCAUUUCGUCGAUCAUUUGGAACAGUUUCGCCGGCGUUGAUGCUACCCCCAAAAUCUAUGCAAUUCAGGUGGUCAACGAGUACCCUCACGACCCAGAUGCCUUCACCCAGGGUCUUCUUUAUGCCGGAAAUGAUACUUUCUUUGAGUCAACUGGGCUUUACGACAUGUCAUCAGUUCGGAAAGUGAAUCUGCAGACGGGGAAGGUUGAGGAUAUCCAGCAAAUGGAUGGACAAUAUUUCGGGGAAGGAUUAACUCUUCUCGGCGAAAGGCUGUUCCAAGUAACCUGGUUGACAAGUACUGGUUUCAUCUACGACCGUAUUAAUUUGAACAAAAUUGGGGAAUUCACUCAUCAAAUGCAAGAUGGAUGGGGACUGGCAACUGAUGGCAAAGUCUUGUUUGGUAGUGAUGGGACUUCAUCAUUGUAUCAACUUGACCCUCUUACAUUAAAAGUCAUCAAAGAACAAAGAGUCAAAUACAAUGACCUUGAAGUACGCUACAUCAAUGAACUUGAGUUUAUUAAUGGUGAGAUCUGGGCGAAUGUUUGGCAGACUGAUUGUAUUGCAAGAAUCUCUCCUCAAGAUGGUACUGUCACCGGCUGGAUUCUUCUUCCGCAAUUAAGCAAGGGACUGAGAGCAUCUGGACACAGAGGCAUCGAUGUUCUAAAUGGCAUAGCAUGGGAUAGUGAAGGGAAACGUCUUUUUGUCACGGGAAAGCUAUGGCCGAAACUGUAUGAAAUCAAGUUGCAUCCAGUGAAGAAACCGAUUGGCAGAGGAAACAUUGAGCAGCUUUGCAUCCCGUAGUCAAACUGAAUCGUUGCAGAACUUGCAACAAACCGGGAGCUCAGGGAUUCAUAUGCUGAUCAAAGGUGUAUAUUCUUCGUAAUGCUGAUUGGUUUAUACCUCAACAUGCAUCUGAAGCAUAGCGACUAUUCCCAUCGAAUGUUGUAUGAUCACUCUAGUCUAGCAUUUGACGUUGAGCACUGCUAGCAAUAGUCAGCAUCCCAGGUUGUUGGCUGCUGCAUACAAUUUGUAAAGAAAGAGACCAUUUCCCCUUUUCUUCCUAUAGUUAAAAUAGUAACUUCAUUAUGUUUUCCAUUCUUAUUUCUAGUUUGUUUAUCAUAUAAACAAGAAAAUUACAAUUUUUUUAUUUUCAAGGCUGCAACAAUGAAUUUCUUCCUGCAAUUGCUAUUUGCUGGUUUAAUUCUUCAAUGCUUUUACUAGAAGAGUUGAACACCCUGCAAGACCUUUCUCUCCAAAGGAGAGCAAUAUACCAGCUCCAUAAACCUCCCACAAUACUGCUAUUCACUGUCCCCUGCUGCUGCACCAGGCUGCAAAUUGUCUCCAGCAUGCCUCUCCAUUCUCCGAUCCUCGGGGCCAAAUCGCAGCUAGAAACAAAUAAUGCAGUACAGCACAUGAGUAAAAACACUUACAAAAUAGGUGAUCUCUGGUUUCAGCUUCUUGCUUACACAGUAAACAUUCAUCUUCAAUAAAUCCAUAAUUCUUCAGCUUCUCUCUUGUUUUGAUCCUGUCCAUUAUUACUAAUCAUGCGAGGAAUCCUGUGACUGGGUAUGAUAUAACUUCCCCUUCGUCUGAGCUUUCAGAUUCUUGAUCUUCCUGCAAAAACAAGAUUGAUCUGCAAACAAGACUGCGCUAUCCUACUAACAAUAAAUUUUAAUAAAGUGAUGAAUGUUCAAAUGUCCACAAGUACACACCCAAACCUUAAACUUACAAAAUCAACAACCAAAUCCAUAAUACCAUAAAUGUUUUAAGAUAAC